UUGAAAUAGAAAAAUUGAGGCGAAAUUAAGUGAAGGCGGAGAAAGUUUGGGAUUACGGAGAUUUAGGUAAUAAUGGAUUUAGUGUAAUAUUGGGGUUGGGGAGCUAAGAAUGGUUGGGAACUAAGAAUGGAAUAUGAGUUGAUUUUUUACGGCAGCUACAACAGUUAGAUACAGCGCAUCUUAAAUUGGAUUGGAUUUGAUUUUGAUUUUGAUUUUGAAGCAGAAACAGAAAGAGAAAGGGCCAUUUAUAAAAAUAAAAGAGAGAGAGAAAGGAGGCGCAUCCUAAGGCAGAAAGAUAUUUUUGUAUCCAUCCCAUUGAAUCCAAGUUUGAAGGCGUUUAGGGUUUCUCAAUCUUCGUCAAUAAUCGUCUCCAAUUCAGUCAGGGUUUUAGUAUUCCCAAUCCCAAUACAGGUUCUCUUCUCUCUUCCGCGUCAUCAUUCGCGCCUUAGCUUUUGAACUUGAAAGUGUUUGAAUUGCAUGAUCAGGGUGACAAGCAUGCGAACUUCAUGGGCUGAUUUAGCUGUGAAUUCCGCAGCUGAAAAUGGAGGAACAUCCAACUCCACAGCUCCUUCGCGCCCUGUUUAUGUGCCUCCGCAUCUUAGGAACCGUGCACCAGCAGCAGAAUCCCAUGCACCUGCACCUGCACCUGCACCUGCACCGUCCAAUGUGAUUGCCAAUAAUAAUAAUAAUAAUAAUGCAGGGCCACGGUGGAGUGCUCCGCCGCACGCUAACGGUUGGGGGAACACAAGCGUUGGUUGGGACCGCCGCGAAGCGAACCCCUUCGGAGACCAGGAGGAAAAAGCAGAGGAGGCGUUUGGCGAGCAGGAAAAUACGGGAAUCAAUUUCGAUGCGUACGAAGACAUUCCGGUGGAGACGAGCGGUGAAAACGUGGCACCGCCCGUGAAUACUUUUGCGGAGAUUGACUUGGGCGAAGCGCUUAAUAAGAACAUUAGACGGUGCAAAUAUGUGAAGCCGACGCCUAUUCAGCGACAUGCCAUACCCAUAUCCCUUUCGGGUCGUGAUUUGAUGGCUUGUGCGCAGACUGGGUCUGGAAAGACUGCUGCAUUUUGUUUCCCAAUUAUCAGUGGGAUUAUGAGAGGCCAACCCUUGCAGCAAAGGCCUCCUCGUGGGGUUCGAACAGUUUAUCCUCUUGCCCUUGUUCUCUCUCCAACCAGAGAGUUAUCCAUGCAAAUACAUGAAGAGACUAGGAAAUUUGCGUACCAGACAGGGGUUAGGGUUGUUGUUGCCUAUGGUGGAGCUCCAAUAAACCAGCAGCUACGGGAUCUCGAGAGAGGGGUGGAUAUUCUUGUAGCAACUCCAGGUAGAUUGGUAGAUUUGCUGGAGAGAGCUAGAGUUUCAUUGCAGAUGAUUAGAUAUCUGGCCUUGGAUGAGGCAGAUAGAAUGCUGGAUAUGGGUUUUGAGCCACAAAUAAGGAAGAUUGUGGAACAAAUGGACAUGCCUCCACCAGGUGCCAGACAGACUAUGUUGUUCAGUGCCACAUUUCCAAAAGAGAUACAGAGACUAGCCUCUGAUUUCCUUUCAAAUUAUGUUUUUCUGACUGUUGGAAGAGUUGGCUCAAGUACCGACUUAAUUGUCCAAAGAGUUGAGUAUGUUCAAGAGUCUGACAAGAGAAGUCACCUAAUGGAUCUUCUUCAUGCUCAGAGGGCAAAUGGUGUACAAGGAAAGCAAGCCUUGACUUUAGUUUUUGUGGAGACAAAGAAGGGAGCUGAUGCUCUAGAGCACUGGUUGUGUCGUAAUAAUUUUCCAGCAACUACUAUUCAUGGUGACAGGACACAGCAGGAAAGAGAAUUGGCAUUGAGGUCAUUUAAAAGUGGUAACACCCCCAUACUGGUUGCAACUGAUGUGGCUGCACGUGGUCUUGAUAUUCCUCAUGUUGCCCAUGUGGUUAACUUCGACCUUCCUAAUGAUAUCGAUGAUUAUGUACACCGUAUUGGAAGGACAGGGCGAGCAGGAAAGAAAGGCCUUGCAACUGCGUUCUUUAAUGACAACAAUGCAUCCCUAGCAAGGGCUUUAGCAGAUCUGAUGCAAGAAUCAAAUCAAGAAGUACCUGAUUGGCUCUCACGAUAUGCUGCUCGCUCUACCUUUGGUGGUGGACGAAAUCGGCGAUCAGGAGGUCGUUUUGGUGCUCGUGACAUUCGAAAGGAAGGUUCUUUUAGUAGAGGUGGUUCUGAUUACUACAGUGCAGGAAACAAUGGUGGAUAUGGCGCUCCAAGUGGGUAUGCUGGAGGAUACGGUCCUGGGGUAACCAGUGCAUGGGACUGAUUUUCAAUGUCUGAUAGCAUUAUAUACUUGGGUAUUAGGUGCAGACAUACCACCUAUAGGGGGAUUUUCCCCCUUUUUGUCUUCUGUUCCAAGUUUAUGGUCUUUAAUUUACUUUUACCCUCCUUGUGUUUCAAGCCAACGUCAUUUUGUACAGUUUACAAUGAUAAUCGCUAAGGGAGAUAUGGUAUCAUUACCACAUCAGUAGAGGUCGUGCCAUAUCAAUAGGUGUUGGCAACGGCGAUUACCGACAAAUUAGGAGUUCUUUUUAACAACUUUAUGUACUUUCAUUUUGGUGGGAGAAAGGGUUGUAUAAAAUGCGAUAGGAGAGGUGGGGCUUUUCUUUACAGUCGUAUCUAUUUAUCUCUUGAUCAUGUUUAUAUCCAAUAUAUUUUGUCAUUGACUUUCCCCAUUUUGAUGGGCUAAAAUUUUGUAAUAUUUGAGUCGUGACUGAAAUGAAUGAAAAGUAUUAUAUUUGUUCA